AUGGGUGAAAUCCCCCACUUCAACCCUCCCCUCGUGCCCGUGUUUCAUCCUGCCAUGCUCCGUGUGUCUGAUGUAGUGGAUGGCAGCCAGCAUCAGCAUCACCGCUCUUCUCAACACGCUUCAGCCUAUCGCCAUUUCUACCCCAAAUUCGAUCUGCGUGAGAGUGAUGACGCGUUCCACCUCGACGGUGACCUUCCUGGCAUCAACCAGAAUGCCAUUACCAUCGAAUUCUCCGACGCCCAGACCAUAGUCAUUAAGGGUCACAUUGAGCGCGAGUAUCACCGUGCUAACCCCAAGACUACCGAAAGGUCUAUUAAGGAGUCUACUGAGGCAUCUGAGGACCAAGAGAAGAAAGUCAACAAAAAAGCCCUUCCUCAUCGAUACUUGGCUAGUGAGCGUACCGUCGGCGAGUUCCGGCGUACUUUCUCCUUUGCAUCGCGCGUGGACCAAGAUGCUGUCAAGGCCAAUCUGAGUAAUGGCGUUCUCUCUAUUACCAUUCCGAAGAAUACGGCCUCGGCUAAGAAGAUUACUAUUGAAUAA